UAAUUGAGUCUGAUUGCAGAUGUUAGGUUUUGUCGAGUUGCAUCUUGAGCGCAAAGCCGGGGUUUGUUGAGCCACUUUCGCCUACACCCCUUAAGUGAUGAAAGUCAUUUCGUCUCAAUCUAUUGACAGAUUGUGGAAAGGGCGGGCUCUUGUCUGAUCUCCACAUUUCAUUUACUGUUCAGGCAAUUAAUGGCUUGUCAUUGGUUAGUAGAGUAGCCAGGGAUUGGCGUGUGUUUGGCACAGUAGGCGUGGCUCCAUUUGAACACGCGUCCCGCCAUUCACGCUGAAUUAUUUCAGUGUCCGAUUUCCGUUUUCUUACACCGUCUCAGCUGUGAGGCAGCCCCGCCCCGAAAACUCACUUUAUGGCCUAGUGACUUUCGGGUGUCCGGGUGAAGACUCUGUUAUGGCAGAGCGCGAGGACUCCGGUGCACUCUACGCCACAAAGAGGAAGCAAGCGGCGCGGAGGAAGAGCCGACAGAGUCGGCACAGGACCACCGGAAGCCGGGUGCGCCUCGAGAAAGUUCUUGGGAUCAGCACAGUCAGCAGCAGUGGUGUGACCUCUGACCCAAACUCUGGGCUCGUUGCCUAUCCUGCAGGGUGUGUGGUCGUGUUGCUCCACCCGCAGACCAACAAACAAAGUCACAUUAUCAACACAUCCAGAAAGCCUUUCAGUGCGCUGGCGUUCUCUCAUGAUGGCAAACAUCUGGUCACUGGCGAGAGCGGUCACAUGCCCUGUGUGCGUGUGUGGGAGGUGGGCGGAGGUCAAGUGGCUGAAGUUCAGAAUCAUAAAUAUGGAGUUUCCUGUGUGGCCUUUUCCACCAGCUGUUACAUCAUCUCAGUGGGAUACCAGCAUGACAUGAAUGUGUGUGUGUGGGACUGGCGGAAGGGGUCAAUCAUUGCUUCCAAUAAAGUGUCCAGCAGAGUGUCGGCCAUCUCUUUCUCCCAGGACAACAGCUACUUUGUCACCGCCGGCCACAGACACGUCAAAUUUUGGUAUUUAAACGCCUCCAAGGAGCGGCAGGUUAACAGCACAGUGCCCCUGAUUGGUCGGUCAGGGUUGCUGGGCGACCAUAACAAGUGUGUCUUCAGUGGAGCGGCGUGUGGGCGUGGCCGCAUGGCGUCCAACACCUACUGCAUCACCACCUCUGCCUUGCUCUGUCUUUUCAACGCUAGCCGACAACUUGAAGCCUGGGUCGACCUCGAGACGACGUCGGCAAGCUGCCUGGUGCUGACUGAGGACUUGAUUUUCUGCGGUUGUUCCGACGGGGUAAUCCGAGCGUUCUCGUCAUCAAACCUGCACUAUAUCACCACCUUCCCCCGACCUCACCGCCAGGGGGUGGAGCUUAUGCAGCCCAGCCCUUCAGGUUCCAGACCCACGGCCCACUAUCCUGACACCGUGGCUGUGACGUUUGACGCCACGGCCAGACACCUGAGCUGCGUAUACAGCGACCACAGUGUUUAUGUUUGGGAUGUUACAGACGUGAGAAACGUGAAGAAGCUGUACUCCGCUCUGUAUCACAGCGGCUGUGUGUGGGACCUCCAGGUUUAUCCACAGCUGCCAGAUUCCUCUCAGGCUUGUUUGCCUCCUUCAUCCUUCCUCACCUGCUCGUCCGACAACACCAUCAGGCUGUGGCACGCUGACUCCGCCCCCCGACACAACAACCUCUACAGCAAAGACCUGCUAAGGAUUUUACAUGUGGGAGACCUGCAGGGGGAGGGGGACAAGUCGGAGGCAGCGGGGGCUGAUGGGAAGGCUGGGAUUAGAGUUCUAGCGAUCAGUCCUGAUGGACGACACCUGGCAACUGGAGACCGCUGUGGAAACCUGCGGAUCUUUGAUUUGGAGUUUCUGGAUGAGCUGGCCAAGAUUGAGGCGCACGACUCAGAGGUCUUGUCUCUGGACUUCUCCCCCACUUCCACAGGUGUGAAGCUGCUAGCGACCGCCAGCAGAGACCGACUCAUUCACGUCUUCAACAUGGAGGAGGACUACACUCUGGUACAAACUCUCAACGAUCACUCCGCCUCCAUCAUCGGCCUCAAGUUUGCAGGUGAAAGUCCAGACAUGCGGAUGGUGAGCUGUGGAGCCGACAAGAGCAUCUACUUCCAGACAGCUGAGAGGGUGGCAGAGGAGGACGUCUCCUUCUGCAGGGCACAUCAUGUGGUGGAAAAGGUAGCACUGCAUGACAUGGACCUGGACUCGUCAAGGACACACGUCGCUGUUGCCUGUCAGGACAGAAACGUCCGAGUGUACAACGUGGAGACGGGAAAGCUAAAGAAGUGUCUUAAGGGAUCAACGAGUGAUGAAGGAGCUUUGCUGAAGCUCCACUUGGAUCCAUCAGGCUCAUUCCUCGCCACCAGCUCCUCCGACAAAAACAUCUCCAUCUUGGACUACAAGUCGGGAGAGUGUGUUGCCACUUUGUUUGGACAUUCAGAGGUUGUGACGUGUAUGAAGUUCAGUCAAGACUGCAGACACCUCAUCACCGUGGCCAGGGACGGUUGCGUGUUUGUGUGGCGGCUAGACUCCCACAUGACCAGCACCAUGAGAAGCAAGCGAGGCCCGAUGGCGGCCAAGGCCCCAGGCAGCAUCAGGAGGGAAACCUUCAUCACCACACCGUCCUGCAUGCUACCUCACACUGAGGAAGAGGGGGCAAAGCUCCAGACGCCAGCCAGACGCAGCCCCGAAGGACCUCCGCCACUGCAGUCCAAUGGCAAACUGCCCAUGUGGUUCCGAAAACUGCAAGGUCAGACUGUUGGCUGCCUCCAAGUUCAACCACAUCCAGAACCUCGUCAAGUGCGGAAUCGCUGGCUGGAAGGAAUGGACUCUUCGACCAUCUGCUUGAACUUCUCUCCCAGUCCCAGCAGGAGCCCGCAGGAGGAGGAAGAAGAGGAAGAGGUGGUAGAGAUUGAGGCUGGUGACUGGACCUGCUCCCUCCUUCAUCCAAACACCUCAUCUGCCACUGACAGGGAGUUCGAUGUCCAGCAUGCGUGCGUGUCUUCUUUGAGCUUGUCAAAGAGUGGAGAAGAAGGGGUGGAGCCAGGUUGGACCAGUCAGCUGAGCCCGGACUCUGCCUGCUUCGAGGGGUCAGCAGGAAGUUUUGAGCCGCAGCACGACACCGACGUGGACUCACUGAGUCAGGCCAGUUCAGGUCUGGAUGAGGACGAGGACCAAGGUUCUGGUCCAACUGAAGAGAAGUUUGACACUGAUCUGCGUGCCGUGCAGCCGGCUGAGCAGAGACACUUUUUGAACCCCCGCCUCAGCAUCUCCACCCGCUUCCUGUCCCGCUUCCAGGACCGCCUCAGGGGAGUACCGAGCAAAGCCGCACCCAGCGUCACCAUUCCGAGCAGGAUAUCGGAGGAUGUCGGCAACACAACGGUGAACUGUGAGUCGAUUGGUGCCACGGUGACAUCAGAUCUGACUGAGAAGGAAGGAAACAGUGACUUACCCUCCAGGACACUGGCCGCUGUCCAGCAGGGGGAGUCACACCUCGGAUACCUGGGAACCACGGCCAGCUCCAGAGCCAAGGCCAGCCAGGACCCGCCUGCCUGCCCCGCCCGAGAGGAGGACAAGGAGCAAGUCUUGACUUGUGACCUCCAGACCAUCAGACAAGAGCCGCAUGUGGACCAGAGCAGCAGUGAGACCUCAGUGUCGUCCCAGACGCCUGCUGGAAACCCUCAGCUGAUGGCCACACCCUCACCACAUGGUAGCAUGGACAACAGUCUGACCAAUCAUGCCCUCGGUUCCAGUUUGAAUGACAUCACAACCACCAAAGUGUCAGAUGAGGAGACACAGGAGCAAGUUCUAGGAGAAGCACCACGUGUGCCGACAGCUGAGUUGUGUUCUGUCGCCUCGCCCCCGUCAGAAAGUCCCGGCCCCUCUCAGACAGGCCCCGCAAAUGGUGUCGAGUCUCUGAGCUUGUCACAGUGCGAGCAGGUCGCCGUUGAGCUGAGACGAACAACGAGACAAGCCAUCGACAUGUUCAAUCAUCUUGCAGCGAAGACGUGUGGUGGCGAGCAGAUGGAGGCCAUCUUAUGGGAAGCGUUUGAGCUGGUUGAGUCGGAACUGAAGGCGGUGAUGCACACAAGGCAGCGGCGCCCUCUCUGGCAGUCUGGAAGAUGACUCAAUGAAAUACUGACUUGUUUUUUUAUGUUUAAAGUGUAAAAUAAAGUUUGUUAUGAGGAUAUUUCAAGAUCUUCUAAUGGGCCAUUAUUUC